AUGGAUGAGCCAGCUGAAAGAUUAUGGGCCAGGAUCACCAGGCAGACCAACAGAGGUGACACUGUUAGAGGUGCCUGCUACAAACUACCUGAUCAGGAUAACAUCAUCAUGGACAAACUGAUGAAGCAUGGCCAGGGUGAGCAGACAGUGAGCUGGGGUGAAACAUGUCUGAACUGCCAGGCUCAAAGGGUUACAACAGUCUGCAUGAAGUUCACCCGGAGAAAUGAACAUCAGAACAUACACCCAGAAAAUCAAGAGCUAGUGCGAGCUCUUCGUCAGCAGCUUCAAACUGAGCAGGACGCUUCUGCUGGUGAUAGACAUCGCUUCUACACCGAUAUGUCCUGUCCAAUCUGUUUGCAACAGGCUACAUUUCCUAUAGAAACAAACUGUGGACAUCUCUUCUGUGGUUUCUGCAUUAUUGUCUACUGGAGGUAUGGCUCAUGGCUCGGUGCCAUCCGUUGUCCCAUCUGCAGACAAACGGUAACCCUGUUUUUACCACUUUUUGGUGAAGAUCAGCAGGGUGCAACCCAGGUAUUUCAAGAUGUUAAUGAUUACAAUCGGAGGUUCUCGGGACAGCCCAGAUCC